GUUUGCGUGAAAAAUAGUGCUUUCUCCGAUAGCAGUUGUACGGAAUCGUUUUCUCGCUAAAAUUGGUGUUAAAUAUUUCCAUCGAUCGUAAAUUAAGUGCAAAAAUGCUGUCCUCUGGAUCGGCCGCGAUCGGAGUGAGUGCUUUGGCCUCGACUGCGUACGGCAACGAGCGUACCGAGGUGGCAGAGUAUGCGAACGAGGGUGGCUUCUUUCAUGCCGACUACAAAAAACACGAUGACUUGAAGCAAAUGUUGGACAGCAACAAGGACAGCCUAAAGCUGGAGGCAAUGAAACGUAUCAUCGGCAUGAUAGCGAAGGGCCGCGAUGCUUCCGACCUGUUUCCGGCCGUGGUGAAAAACGUGGUAUCGAAGAACAUCGAAGUGAAAAAGCUGGUGUACGUGUAUCUGGUACGUUACGCGGAGGAGCAGCAAGAUCUUGCCCUGCUUUCGAUAUCCACCUUUCAGCGAGCACUGAAAGACCCGAAUCAAUUGAUACGGGCCAGUGCGCUGCGGGUGCUAUCGAGCAUCCGAGUGUCGAUGAUUGUUCCGAUAGUGAUGUUGGCGAUCCGGGAUUCAGCAUCCGAUAUGAGUCCGUACGUGCGAAAGACGGCGGCGCAUGCCAUUCCGAAGCUGUACCAUCUUGAUCCGGAACAGAAGGACGAACUGAUAGUGGUGAUCGAAAAGCUGCUGGCCGAUCGUACGACGCUGGUAGUAGGAUCGGCGGUAAUGGCUUUCGAGGAGGUGUGCCCAGAACGAACCGAACUGAUACACAAAAACUAUCGAAAAUUGUGCAAUCUGCUCGCGGAUGUAGACGAGUGGGGUCAGGUGCUGAUUAUAAACAUGCUGACUCGGUACGCACGUACUCAGUUCUUGGAUCCGAAUGCUGAUGAUGAUUAUGACUAUCAGGAAGCUGAAAAUAAACCCUUCUACGAGGAUGAAUCAGAUUCGGAAGCGUCGGACAGUAAGCGGAAGGAAAGUUCCGUUGGAUCACCACGUAAAACCUACACCUUGGACGUGGACCAUCGGAUGUUGCUGCGUCAAACGAAACCACUGCUACAAAGCCGUAAUGCUUCCGUAGUGAUGGCCGUUGCACAACUUUACCAUCAUGUAGCACCGCGAAACGAGGUAGAAAUUGUGGCCAAAGCGUUGAUUCGAUUGCUGCGCAGCUACAAAGAGGUGCAGAGUAUUGUGCUCACCUGCAUCGCUUCGAUGUCGAUCGAACGUAAAGCGAUCUUUGAACCGUUCAUUAAAUCUUUUUUUGUGCGUACGAGCGACCAAACGCACAUCAAGCUGCUCAAGCUGGAAAUCCUCACGAACUUAGCUACGGGCAGCAACAUUUCGGUGAUACUGCGCGAAUUUCAAACGUACAUUAGUAGCAACGAUAAAGAGUUUGUAGCGUCGACUAUUCAGGCCAUCGGACGGUGUGCGGUAUCGAUCUCGGAAGUAACGGAAACGUGUCUGUCCGGGUUGGUGCAUCUGUUGUCGAACAAAGAUGAGUACGUUGUGGCGGAAAGUGUGGUCGUUAUUAAAAAGUUGCUGCAAACGAAAAAGGAAGAACACUUUGAAAUUAUUUCCCAAAUGGCGAAGCUGCUAGACUUCAUCCAGGUACCGGCUGCACGUGCCUCGAUUCUGUGGCUCAUUGGCGAGUACAAUGAAAAGGUGCCGAAGAUCGCACCGGACGUACUGCGCAAAGCGGUGAAAAGCUUUAUCGACGAGCAGGACAUUGUGAAGCUACAGGUGCUGAAUCUUGCCGUGAAGCUACACAUCACCAAUCCGAAGCAAACGACCCUUCUGUGUCAGCAUUUGCAUAAUCUCGCACGGUACGAUCCGAACUACGAUAUUCGUGACCGGGCACGUUUUCUGAAACCAUUUUUGCUCGCCUCUCCGGAUGGUACGGAUGCGACAGAAUCAAUUUUGGUGGCUAAAGCUAGAAAGAUUUUCCUGUCCGAGAAACCGGCCCCUACACUGGAGAGUAUGUAUCAUGGACGACGGCAGUAUCAGCUAGGUUCACUGUCUCAUUACCUCAACAUGCCUACCAACGGGUAUCAAGAUUUACCGGCCUGGCCAACGGAAGCACCGGAUAGCACGGUAAGGAACGUGGAACCACCGGCGUCCCUGGGCGGUGCAGAUUAUCUCGGUCGAUCGAGUAACGAUCGAACGGGUAGUGGAAAUUCUGCUGUAGAUGGUGACCGUCGGAAGAAGAAAUCGAAAUCAUUCUACUCCGGUUCGGAAGAUGGAACCAGAUCCAGCACUACGGAGGAAGCUUCCACCGCGUCCGGAUCUUCAUCAUCGUCUGGGUCUGGUUCAUCGUCAUCAUCCGGUUCAUCAAGUUCCGGCAGCGGGUCAAGCGGCAGCGAUAGUGGUAGCAGUAGCAGCAGCGGUAGCGGUUCCGAUAGCAGUGGUAGUGAGGAUAGUGAUUCUGCUUCGUCGAGCGACAAUGAAGGGCCAAAGCCACCGAAGAUAAUCGCUAAUGCUACAACAAAAACGAACCACCGGAAGCAAGAUGGACGACCGAUCAAGAACGCUUACAAUGAGGUGGAUGGCACGAGUCGUGUGAAGAAGGAAAGUUCUGGCGAUGGUAGCGAAAGUGAUACCAGCGGCAGUUACGAAUCAUCUUCAUCCGCUACUUCCUCUGCUGGGAAGAAAAAACCGCGUUCUUCUAAAACCCCGGUUAAAAAGCAGACGCAAAAAACGCGUCCAGAUGGGAAAACAGCUUCCAAACAGGAUGGGCCGGCGAAAAGCAAUUUGGAUCUUUUGCUCGAUCUCGACGACAUUCCACCGAUCGGCCCCGUGAUGACGCCCUCGAUGGGUGGUUUCCUAACUCCGAUGACGGCAAACGCGACAACCGAUCUGGGUGCAGGCAUCGAGCUGGUCGGUCCAAGCUUUAUUCCGAUGAAAAAGCACGAACUGUUAAACAAGGUGAACGGAUUCGGAUUGGGAAUUGAGUAUCGGUUUGUGCGCUCGCCACAUCUGUACUCAUCGCGCAUGGUAUCGGUCGAGCUGUCCUUUACCAAUCAUGGCAACGUGGAACUGCUCGACAUUGAGAUGGGCAAGAAAAACAAUCUUCCGGCUGGAAUGGCUGUAAACGAUUUCGCUCCGAUCGGACGUCUCAAUCCGGGACAAACCGUUACCGGUAUGUUGGGUGUUGAUUUUAACGAUUCCACCCAACCUGUACGGUUGGAAAUUUGUUCGGCUAGCGGUGCAAGCACGGUAACGUUAAAGGCCCCAGUUGGGGAGAUGGUACGAUCGGUGACCGUAACUGAGAGUACGUUCGAUGCUGAACGAGCAAAGUUGCGUGGUAUGACGGAACAUUCCUGUACGCUGCAGUUGAGCGACACACUUUCGCCGGACGAUAAGAGCCUGCACCGAACGGUGUUUGAGGCAAGCAAUGUGGCGUGUGUGAUAACGGACACGAAAAAAGACACUUCCCAGAGGUUCCUUUUUGCGGGCCAAACAAUGAGCUCAAAAAGUUUGGUACUGGUAGUGCUGGAAAGAACUGGCGCGUCCAACGAUAGCAACUCAUUUUCGCUUACGGUAAACUGUGAAAAGCUAGUAGUAGGAUCGAUGCUGUUGAACGAGCUGAAAGCGGUGCUUAAGAAAUAG